AUGUCCUCCUAUGGAAGUGAUCGAAGUCAAGAAUCAAGCCCUGAACCCCAAGUCCCACUCAAUGAUCGAACAAACGCCCCGAUCAAUGCCGAUGGUCCAAUCGUCGCCGAUGAUUUCACUGAUGAAAGUAGCGAGUUCGGCAGUGAUUCCGAUAUGACCUCUCUCUCUUCGAGCGUUCUGGAAUAUGAAUAUGAAAAUGGACGGCGGUAUCACAGUAACCGGACUGGGCAAUACAUGUAUUGUGCUCCCCGUUAUAUGUCCUCUAGAUGCAUAACUAAUUCAAAUAGGAUGCCAAAUGAUGAAGAGGAACAAGAUCGAAUGGACUUGCAAUCAAGAUGGCUGAUGUUGAUGAAGGGAGAGCUACACAAAGCUCCAGUCACAAAUCCCCGAAACAUCCUCGACCUUGGAACAGGCACUGGCAUCUGGGCUAUUGAUAUUGCUGAGAAAUUCCCCAACGCCAAGGUAAUCGGAAACGACAUCAGCGCCAUCCAACCAAACUGGGUCACCCCGAACGUGGAAUUCAUCGUCGAAGACUUCGAAAGCGAAUGGCUCUACCAAAAAAACAGUUUCGACUUCAUCCACGCACGUCUACUAGCCGGAUGCGUAGCAGACUGGUCACAAUUCUUCGCACGAAUCUUCGACCACGUAAAACCAGGCGGCUACUUCGAAAUCCAAGAAAGCGCCGUCUGGGCCUGGAGCGAUGACGGAACUCUCAAAGCCGACUCGCCGCUCGUUCAGUACCUCCAAGCCCUCAACACGGCAGGACACGCGAUGGGACGGGAAUUGAACAUCUAUCAUAGAUUGAAAGAGUGGAUGGUUAGUGCGGGGUUUGAAGACGUGCAGCAGUAUACGUAUCUUCUGCCGUACUCGCCUUGGCCGCGUGAUCCUUAUCUAAAGGAGGUUGGGAAGUACCAGGCUGUUAUGGUGCAGCAGGCUGUGGAGUCUUAUGGGUUGAGGCUUUGUACGCAGGUUCUUGGGUGGGGGGCGGAGCCUUCGCGGAUUUUUCAGGCUAUGGUUAAGAAGCAGUUGAGGGAUAAGCAUUUGCAUGCUUAUGUUAAAGAGGUUGUUGUAUAUGGUAGGAAGCCAUUCCAUCGACGAUGA